GUUAGUACAGUGCUUCCAAGGCCUUGUUGGGGCCUCCAAGUGGUCCGGUGGUACCUGGACAUGGCCGCCAUGGAGGAUGCAGUGCACCAUGGAUUUUUUUCGGAAUCCAAAUUCUGGACUCUGGAUGACGUGUGAUGCUAGACGAUGCCUUCUAUAUCAUCGAUGGACAUCGGCAAGCCGGAAAUCAAGCGCUGGAAACAUCAUCGGACUUAUAGAGAAGCACCCACAUGGAGAUACUGCCCAGCUGUGAUCACUCCCAGUCCAUCAGCAAUAGAGACCUGGAGCUCCUCCUCGGCUUUUGUUUUUCUCGUUUAUGGACUGCUGCCACUUCGGACUUAAGGAGGAGCACCCACACGGGGAUACUGACAGGCUAGUGACCACAACACAGUUCCAGUCCAUCAGACAUAGAGACCAGCGCUGGAAUCUGGAAACUUGUCAUCAGACUUAUGGAGCACCUACAAGGAGAUUUGGCCCUGCUGUGAUCACUCCCACUUCCAGUUCUGGUACUACUCUGCUUCUGAUUUACUUUUUUUUUUUGGACUGCUGUCACGGUUUAGGGACCGACCACCGACACGGAGACAUGGAGGAAAUUACCAAGCAUAAAUCUGUCUACUCCGCAUUUCUGCGAUUGAAGCUGAAGCCUUCAUCGUUGGCCAUCCACCCAAUCUAGAUUAUCUAAGUACUUAGCUUGUAGGUAUUUGAUAUAAGUUGGACC